GCUUCGCUCGUGGCAAGAGUGCCGCAAGCAAGUAUUGUGGCGAUCAGCAUUCGUUUCUCGUCAGUCUCAAAACGAGGAGAAGUAUCGUGACUGGUGCCCUUAAACAUCGAGUAACGUGCGCGCGAGUUGGUCAUAGUUGAUUGGUUUUUGGAUUUAUUUUCACUUGUUUUUCACGCUGAAUUCUGAUCUUAAGUGGCAAUUUUGACUUUCUUUUUUUACCACCACUGGUUAUUUCAAAAAAGAUUCGACAUAAAACAAGGAUUUUUUAAGAUUACCAAAUAGCAGAUGAAAGAGAAUACAGUGACAAUUCAAGAAAAUUUUGAACAAACAUCAUGAAAAGUGAAUCUGUUAUAAUAUUGAUAAUCUGUUGCCUCGCAGUAAGGUCUGUGGAAUAUAAUGACACAUCUCCAGAUGUUUCUAGGGUUUUCUUUUCAACAGUAGAUGAUGGUUCAGAACAGGAACUUUCUGCACAACUUGAGCAGGUCAAUGAUAAUUCAGAAGGAUGGUCUGGGUGGUCACGAUGGACUCCUUGUUCUAGAUCCUGCGAUGGCGGCAUUUCUCGACAGCUUAGAACUUGUACAGUAGGCAAGUGUCGAGGAAAACAUGUGCAGUACAGAAUUUGUAAUACUCAGGCGUGUCCUGACCCCCAUGAUUUUCGAGAAGAUCAAUGCGCUACCUACAACAACAUACCACUAAACGGAAUCCUAUAUGAAUGGGUGCCUCAUUAUAUGGACAACUAUCCUUGCGCUUUAAUUUGUAAAGGUAGACCAAUCGAUUUAGAUGAAUCUAAUGACAACUUCGUUGCGGUAGUAGAAAAUUUUUCGAAUAAAGUUCUUGAUGGUACUAGGUGUAGACCUGGAAGCUUGGAUGUAUGUAUCGGAGGCGAUUGCCAGCAAGUGGGUUGUGAUUUACAGAUUGGUUCAGAAAAACAAGUCGAUGAAUGUGGAAUAUGUGGCGGAGAUGGUUCGACGUGUUCCAGAUCACUAUAUCACUGGAUCCUUGUUCAUACUUCAUUGUGCUCUGCUACUUGUGGGGGAGGAUACAAAGUGUCAUAUCCUAAAUGCCAAAAUAGGGACACGGGAGACGAAGUUGAGGAGAAGUUGUGCAAUGAAUCGCAGAAGCCUGAUAGGACCAUCGUUGAAUGUAACACUCACAACUGUCCACCAAAAUGGCAUACCAAUAAAUGGGGACCUUGCUCAGUUAGUUGUGGUCGUGGAAUCAGACAUCGAGAAGUACAAUGUGUUGUUCAAGAAACUAAUAAUACAAAAUUGAUAGUAGAUGACACCAAAUGUGAAGGACCUAAGCCAUGGUUCCAGGAGGACUGCAAUGAAUACGAUUGUCCGACUUGGGUAACAACCACAUGGUCAGGGUGCUCCGUUUCUUGUGGAGAAGGAACUCAAGUGAGAAAUGUAGAGUGCAAAGAUAAGGAUGGCCGAUAUUCUGAACUCUGUUUGUUCAACAUUAAGCCUAUCAGUACAAAACUUUGUUCUACCGGCAUACAGUGUCCGACAAAUGUCAAAACUAGUGAAGAACUUUUUCCAGGAUUGUAUCAUAUAAAUAAUUUAGUACAAUUGUACCCACCAGCCCCAAUUCCAGAAAGAUUAAUUGGAGAUCAGAUAGUACCUUCCGAGAGCACAUUCAUAUCAGAUGAAUGGGGCCCUUGUACCGUAACUUGCGGGGAAGGUGUUCGGCGGCGAGAAGUACACUGUAAAAUAUUCCUAGAAUAUUCUAGGACGAUAGCCAAACUUCCAGAUAAGCAAUGUUCUGGACCAAAACCUAUAGAAACACAAUCAUGUUAUAAGGAACCAUGUGUGUCAGAAAAAAUUGGAAUUGAUAUUAAAGAUGAUCCAUAUAGUAGGGCAGAUAUCAAAAUUGCGCCAGGGGUACCAGGUAAAUCAUAUUCUUGGAAAGAGCAGGGCUACACACAAUGCAGUGCCACUUGUUUGGGAGGGAUACAAGAACUUAUAGUGAAUUGCGUAAGAGAUGAUACUCAGAAAUUAACAUCGCCUUAUAUGUGCCCUAUAGAAUUAAAACCUGAAAUUAGAAUACAAACCUGUAAUGACCAUCCUUGUCCCCCUCGAUGGAAUUAUUCCAAUUUCUCACAAUGUUCACAAAGCUGUGGCAUAGGUAUUCAAACUAGGGAAGUUAAUUGUAUUCACGAAGUUACUCAAGGUGGAGGAAACACUGUCAUAGUUCCUAAUAAUAUGUGUCCUCAACCACCACCUCCAGAUAGGCAAUACUGUAAUGUACUUGAUUGUCCAGUAAAGUGGAAAAUAGGAGAAUGGUCUAGGUGCUCCACAAGCUGUGGAGGAGGAAGCAAAACGAGAAAAGUUGAAUGUAAGCAGGUAAUGGCACAAAAUCAUACUGUAGAUAGGCCACCUUCUAUGUGUUCAAUACCAAAACCUGCAGAAUUUAAACCUUGUAAUACCAAAAGUUGCAUAGUGGAAAGUGAUAAACCCCAUAUUGAUGUUUCAAACAGCACAUUCAUUCAGCACGAUCCAAAAAAGAAGAAGAUAUCAUUGAAAGUCGGUGGUGCAGCUACAGUAUUCUCUGGAACCACUAUCAAAAUAAAAUGCCCUGUUAAAAGAUUUGACAGAACAAAAAUAGAAUGGAUGAAAGACAAAAGCUUGAUCCCAAGAAAUAGGAAAUAUAAGACUUCUAAAAAAGGUGCUUUAAGAGUUACUAAUCUGACUCUGAGAGAUAGCGGAAUGUACACCUGUAUGGCUGCUAAGUCAGUAGCGAAUAUUCAUAUUUCGGUCAGACCAAAGCCCGGCGAAUUCCCUACAUCUGAAGAAAUUCAGAAACAAGGUUUAAAAACGGAAAAGGUGGAGUUAGCUUCUGAUGUUCACGAGAAAAAAGAAGAGGAAACUCCCAUUUUCAGCGAUGACCAUUCUCACGAACAACGACCAGAUAGAUCAAGGAAGAAUCCCAGCUCGAAGUUGUUUACGCCAACAUUACCUUCACUUCGACUGGAUCCUAAUUAUAACGAACAGUUACAGAGUUCUUUGAAUAGAAGCGGAGAAAAAGAUCCAUCUCCACAUUUACCUUCAAGUACAUCACAGCUCUACGUCCCAGAUGAACAUACAGAUUUGGCAAGCUCCGCCUCUAGAGUCUUGCCUAAUUUCCAAAAGCUAAUAUUCAAUUUACAGUUAUUAUGGCCUUUCCAGGCAUUUAGCAAUUCUAGAGGUCACAGGAUGAUCGACUUGCCCAGUAACAAGAAUAACGAAAACAGAGUUCCAUUUUUCAAUGAAGAUUCUGAAGAGAGUGAUUAUGACACAAAAACCGAGAAAUUUCUUGAAAGCAGUGAUGGGGAUAAUAUGGUAGUUCUAGGCAAAGGAAAGAAAGAGAAUCUUAAAUUUGAAUGGACAUCAGGACCAUGGUCGAGGUGUUCAGAAACUUGUGGUGGAAACGGUAUUCAACGCAGAGAAGUCAGUUGUAUUGUUAAGUUGUAUAAUGCCAGUCAACCUGUUGAUAAUAUUCUCUGUGACGAGACAGGAGUAAAAUCCCCAUUUUCCAUUAGAAAAUGUGGUUUUGAUAGGUGUCCUGAGUGGACAGUGCAUGAGUGGAGCUCUUGUGAAAACUCAAAAUGUUUCAAGUGGCAUAAAGCACUACAGAGACGAAUUGUAUCAUGUGAAAUAUCAAGCAACAUAACUUUGGAUCCGGUUAUAUGCGAUGCAGAUAAUAAACCAAGUGAUGAACAGGAAUGCGUUAAUAAGAAAUGCGUUGGAAAAUGGAAAAUAGGACGCUGGUCUGAUUGUGCUGCUACCUGUGAAAGCAAGGGUUUGAAGUAUCGAAUUAUCCAAUGUGUUUGGUAUGGUACGAAAAAAUCAGCGGAAGAUGCAUGUAAAGGUUUACCACGACCACAAAUUAUCAAGCCAUGUGUUGGAAUUCCAUGCUCAACUGCGGUACCAACUUGUCAAGAUCAUUCUUUGUUCUGCUCCAACGUCAGGAUGAUGAAUAUGUGUAAAGUAAUGAGAUACCAACAGCAAUGCUGCCAAACUUGCAAGUUGUAAAAAGGAUUACAAAGUUCUAAUUAACCAGCAGUAUUAGCGACCGUGUGUAUUAUAAGAUAGACUGAUACUUCAAUUGAUUUAAUUUAUUCCGUAACAAUAUGAUGAGAAAUAAAAAGCAAUCUAAUUAUAAGGAUGGAAAACGAAGGAUAUUUUGAUAACUGGUCACAGAAAAAUGAUGUAACGACUAAGUUAUGAAUUCAAUAAAUUUGCUUAUUGAAGUGAAA